CUAGAAAAAACACCAAGAUAGCUUUUUCGCGCUCCAACACCUCCUCGAUUUCCUCCUCCUACUCUACGGAAACUGUCAAUUAUCGGCAAUUGACCCCUUUCAUAUUUAAUUACCGGUCCAAUUGGCAAAGACCGCUGCAACAUCCCACACCAUGGCAUCUCGGCUAUCGGUCCGGAUGUUGACACAUGCUGGACGAACAACGUCCACCUGUCUUCCCCGCGCCGCUCGUCUUUCCCCCACUCUCUCGCUGAAUUGCUCCUCGUCGCUUUCUCGUGUAUCGCAAUACGCCCGUCUCCAGUCGAUUACGAACCAAAGAACAUUUGCUUCAUCUGCGAAGAUGGCUUCAAGCACCCGUAUUGAGACCGACGCCUUUGGCGAGAUCGAGGUUGCUGAUGACAAGUACUGGGGCGCGCAGACCCAGCGCUCGUUGGGUAACUUCAAGAUCAACCAGCCUCAAGACCGCAUGCCAGCGCCCGUUGUCAAGGCUUUUGGUAUCCUCAAGGGCGCCGCUGCGACUGUCAACAUGCGAUAUGGACUUGAUCCCAAGGUCGGCGAAGCUAUCCAGCAGGCUGCUGCUGAAGUUGCUUCGGGAAAACUCAUCGACCAUUUCCCUCUAGUCGUUUGGCAAACCGGCUCUGGCACCCAAUCUAACAUGAACGCCAACGAAGUCAUCUCCAAUCGUGCUAUCGAGAUUCUCGGAGGACAAAAGGGCAGCAAGAAACCAGUACACCCCAAUGACCAUGUCAACAUGUCUGCUUCCUCCAACGAUUCAUUCCCCACCGUCAUGCAUAUCGCCGCUGUCAUCGAGACCGAAAGCACCUUGUUGCCAUCAUUGAAGAGCCUGCGCAAUGCUCUCCAAGCCAAGGUUGAGUCGUUCAACCAUAUCAUCAAAAUCGGCCGCACUCAUCUUCAGGACGCUACUCCUCUUACCCUCGGCCAAGAAUUUUCUGGCUACGUCGCCCAACUCGACAGCAAUAUCAAGCGCAUUGAGAAUACCCUCCCUGACCUUCGUCUCCUUGCCCAAGGAGGUACUGCUGUCGGCACUGGUUUGAACACUUUCAAGGGCUUUGAUGAGCAAGUUGCUGCUGAGGUUAGCAAGCUUGCGGGAACCGAGUUCAAGACUGCCCCCAACAAAUUCGAGGUUCUGGCUGCGCAUGAUGCCAUCACCGAAGCCUCUGGAUCAUUGAACACCCUUGCCACUUCUCUUUUCAAGAUUGCCCAAGAUAUUCGCUACCUUGGAUCUGGCCCUCGCUGCGGUCUUGGAGAACUUCGUCUUCCCGAGAACGAGCCUGGCUCGUCCAUCAUGCCCGGAAAGGUCAACCCUACACAGUGUGAAUCUCUCACCAUGGUCUGCGCUCAAGUCAUGGGCAAUCACGUUGCAACCACGAUCUCUGGCAUGAAUGGUCAGUUCGAAUUGAACGUAUUCAAGCCAGUCAUGAUCCGCAACCUUCUCCACAGCAUCCGCAUCCUGUCCGACGGCAUGGCCAGCUUCGAAAAGAACCUUGUCCACGGAUUGGAAGCCGAUGAGAAGCGCAUCGACUCGCUUCUCCACGAAAGUCUUAUGUUGGUUACAUGCCUGAACCCUGUCAUCGGCUACGAUAUGGCCUCCAAGGUUGCCAAGAAUGCCCACAAGAAGGGCAUCACCUUGAAGGAGAGUGCUCUGGAGCUAAAGGCUUUGAGCGAGGAAGACUUCGACAAGCACGUUCGGCCUGAGCUGAUGAUCAGCCCCAAGGAGAAGAAGUAGGGCUUGGUUGUGCCAUAGAUAAUGUCUCGCAGCAUUUGGAUAUGCUAGAUGCCACCAUGUAAAUUUAUAAAUUCAUUGCAUCAUCUGUAUUGUACUUUGUUUCUCCUCCUAAAACCCAUUCAUCGACGACCCAAAGGGCUUAGCCAGAGCAAAAUAGCGGCGGCUGACUGCAUCGGCCAUCGUACUAAGGCCCAACCCCUGGCAGCGUGGCUGAUCCAGAUGCAGCAGCCUACUGGUGUUUUGAGGCUUGCUCUAUUGGCAGCUCUGUUUUCGGCCCGUGUUUAUUUGUUAUCAUUGCUGGUAUCCAAACAGGACUGUUAUUAUCAAUAGCGAGG